AAGAACAAUAAACCUGAACAACAAGUUUGGCGGUUUAUGUGUGUUAAUUCUGCAUGGUGUUGUUUAUCAAUUUAUGCUAGCUAACACAUUGAAGACAAUUCCUUUCAGGUAUCCAUGGAGGUAACAUGCUGGGUGUGAGGUCAGUGAGCGGUCUGGCCUUCUACGACUGGGAGACCACGGACCUUGUGCGACGGAUAGAAAUCUCACCUAAAAAUACUAAGUGGCUCGGGCUCUACGAUUGGCUGCACUAUGUCCCCAGUGAGAAAAACGCAGAAGGGUUCAUGAUUUGUUCAAUAUACUGGAGUGAGAACGGAGAGUUGGUGUGCAUCUCUACAGAGGAGUCCUUCUUCAUUCUCAAGUAUCGCCAGGAGGCUGUAGACCAGGCGAAAAACGACAAGGAACUUGUAACAGAGGAUGGCAUUGAGGAGGCUUUUGACGUUGUUGGUGAGAUCGAGGAAGUAGUGAAGACCGGAGUGUGGGUGGGGGAUUGCUUCAUCUACACCAACAGUGUCAACAGACUGAACUACUAUGUGGGUGGAGAGAUAGUCACUAUAGCCCAUCUAGACAGAGUGAUGUACAUUCUGGGCUACAUCCCCAAGGACAAUCGUCUCUACCUGGGUGACAAGGAGCUCAACGUGAUCAGCUUCUCUCUCCUGCUCUCGGUGCUCGAGUACCAGACUGCCGUUAUGAGGCAGGACUUUGAGACCGCAGACAAGGUGCUGCCCACUGUGCCGCGCGAACAACGGACACGUGUUGCUCACUUCCUUGAGAAACAGGGCUUCAAAUCUCAGGCUCUGGCAGUGACCUGUGACCCGGAGCACAAGUUUGAGUUGUCUGUGCAGCUGGGCGACCUCAAGAUUGCCUACCAGAUUGCGAAAGAACUAGAGGGAGAACACAAGUGGAAGCAACUAGCUGAGAUGGCCAUACAGAAGUGUGAGUUUGGCCUGGCAUUGGAGUGUCUGCACCAGGCGCAGGACUUUGGGGGGCUCUUGUUGCUAGCCAGCUCAGCGGGGAAUGCAGAAAUGUUGGAGAAACUUGGCGACUCUGCUGAGAAGGCGGGUCAUAAUAACGUGGCGUUCCUGUCGCAUUUUGUGCUAGGAAGAUUGGAGAAUGCCCUAGAAGUGUUGGUAAACACUGGCAGGCUUCCUGAGGCAGCUUUCUUUGCCAGAACUUACCUACCCAGUCAAGUAUCCAGGGUGGUAAAGCUGUGGCGGGAGUCCCUGGGGAACAUGAAGGCUGCAAGCUCCCUGGCCGACCCCCGGGAGUAUGAGAACCUGUUCCCAGGCUUCAAUGACACGGUCAAGUGUGAACAGUUCCUCAAACCACAGAGGAUGAGACGGUACCCGGCCAGGACCUACCCACAGGCACCGGCCAAUGUGGAACGUCGCCCACUUGAAGAGAUGGCAGCUGCAGAAGAGAAGGGAGCCUUCAGUUACCAGCCUCCAAGGACUGAUGAUGAUGAUGAGGAGGAGGAGCAGUUUCAAGAGGCAGCUGAGUCACAGCCUGCAAGAACACAGGAUCCCGAUAUAGACUGGAACUCAAAACCAUCAGAAGAGGAUAUUACGUCUGGACAGAAAUCAAGUGAACCAGUCCCAGAACUUAACAUAGAAGCUGAGCACAUCAAUGUUACCAAGCCUGCCCAUUUAUCUCAGAUGACUUGGAAGCCUUCCUGUGCCAUGAGUCCAGACUGGGACUCCGAUAAUGACCCUGAGGAUGAGGGACAAUCAAAAAGUUUUGAGGGUUAUUCAAAAAGUUCAGAAACUGAGCGUCAUUCAAGCAGUUUUAUUGAGGAGGGUUCCUUUAAAAGUUCAGCAAACGAGGGUUUUUCUAAAAGUUAUGAAAAUGAGGGUAUUUCAAAAAGUUCUGAAAAUGAGGGAUUCUCGAAUGUGACCCCAAAUGAUGACAUGGGUUGGUCGGAUGAGGAAGCUAGCCUCUCAGAAGAUGAGAAGGAGGCACAAUCAAGCCAACCUGCAGUGCAGCAGCCCAAACUGGGGGCCAAAGAAAUGGCUGACCUUGAAAAGGAGCUCGAACUCGACCUUGAAAACUUGGACGUCAAUACAGACGGAGUUGAUACAGGGGACACACAGGACAUAGACCUAGAUGAAAACUUAUUGGAAGACUGAUUGGUCAACUAUGCUUGUAGAAGGAAGAGACAUUUUGAUCAUUAUUAGGGAAACAAGUUUUGAAAUUGCAUGACUGUGUUCAUAGAGUGUUUAUGAUUUGAUUUCAAGUUACAUAUGAGGUUUACAAGUGAUGUGAAUCUUUACUUGUGCUUAUUACUAUCUUGUCAGUGCUUAUUGUUUAACUCUCAGUGGGACAAUGGAAUUACAAAUGGUUUGUGAAAAUUUGAGACAGAUGAAUUGUGUUUAGAAUCAUUUCAUUUAGUGCUAAUGUAUGUUUUUAGUUUUGAGGGAACUGAGUGAAUACUGCUUGUGCAAUUGACUGAUACACAUUGAUUUAAAUUGUUUUAGUGAAGCUUAUACUAAAAUUACAUUUCACGUGUGAGGUAUGGGAAAUUUACCAAACCAAGUUUUUUUCGGCAUUGAUAUAAUUAAAAAAGGCAAGGGUCUAGUUAAAAAUGUUAAGAAUAACUUAUUUUAGUUUCUUAAUAGGUCAGCAUAAAAUAAAACAUUUAUGUAACAACACAUAAUUGUAUUUAUUUCCAUUAUUUGGCAUAAAGUUACCAGUCAUAUUCAAGAUGUAAUAACUAUGUUGUUGAACUAAAACUCUUGAAAGAGCGGGCAUGUUAAGUUACAUUGUAUAUAGUGACAUCACAUUUGCAUGUUUGGAAUAUUCCUAUAUAUGAUACAAUAUGUUGGUAUGAUUUUGUUACAUGUAUUUAAAAUUUGCAAUGCAUACUUCACAUAUAUUGUAUGUGGGAUACAAUCCCGUGCUUGUCAUUGUUAUAAUACAUCUCAAUACUUUCUGCUAUUUUUGGGGUAAAAGAAUAAGAAGCUAUGAUGUUGAAUACCACUGAAUACAAGUAAAAUAAGCGACUUACUGACAUCUAUGUUGAGCAAUGUGGCAAUUAUCUCGGAUGAAUGUUUCAUUAUUCGUGUAGUAUAUAUAUGAAUAUAUUUGUUAGUUUUUAUCUAAUUAAGAAAUAUUUAAGUUUUGUUCUAAUUAUGAAAAUAUUAAAUAAUAUUGUUGAGUCUUGAAUCCAAAAUAAGCAUUAUUGCAAUGUGUAUAUUUUUUUGGACAAAGCAUGUUUCCUUAAUUUAAAAUAAUGCAUUUAUAAUAUUUCUUACUGACUCAGUAUUGAUUAAGGAUUAAACACUCCUAAGAAAUUACAAAUAAAAUGGUUUGGGGGGGGGGGACAAAGUUUGAAUCAAGCCUGUAUUCAAGCUGUUAUAAUUGAUCAUUUGACCAAAGUUACAGUGUACAUUAUAUUUAUUUGUGUAUAAUGACUAUAAAAAUAUAUCACAUGUGAAUGUGAUAGCACGCAUAUUUUGGAUUCUACUGUAGCAUCAUGAGGAUGGACAUACUAAAUAAAUUUGAUAAUACAAA